GAGAGGGGCUGAUUUCUCUCCAGCUGCACUGAGCUACCCAAAUCACAGAAAUAGACACAACGGGGAGGGGGCAUGGAGACACAUCUAUCAUUCUAUCACCUUCCUCAGGACAACAGGGGAUAAGACAAUGCACAUCAACAGGCCUCCUAGGAGAAGAAGUAAAAAUCAUGGUAUAUGGCAGCAUGUGAAGUCUCGGUCUGUGUGCCGUUAUCGGUCCUGAUGCAGAAGGAGGAAAAUGGAUGUACAGAGCAUAUACAGAACUCUGUGAGUGUGAUGCAUCAUGUAGUCAUGGAAUAAUAGAAGUCCCAACAUCAUUCAGUCCUGCUUAUAACAGAUAUUUGCCCCCACUCUGGAUGGAGGUGUGAUAAGGGGCUCGGGUUCACCAUGCAGAGGCUGGGUGACCGCAGGACCACCGAGAACCAAAGUAAUUUCUCAGUAGAUCAAGGAUCACCCUCUAUGCCCGACACUGUACUCAGGAUUGCCCUCAUUAUUUCUCUCCUUUGCCUGUCUCUCUUUGGGAACAUUAUGCUGCUGGUGGUUUUUCACCGCAAGCCACAGCUGCUUCAGGUAGCGAACCGCUUUAUCUUCAAUCUGUUGGUUGCUGAUCUUUUGCAGACCGUUCUGGUGAUGCCUUGUGUCAUUGUAACCUCCCUCCCGGAUAUAUGGCCUUUGGAACAUGGCCUCUGUGGCGCCGUGGUGGUGCUCAUGCACCUCUUUGCUUUUGCCGGAGUCAACACCAUCACAGUAGUGUCUGUCGAUAAAUACCUGGCCAUCAUCCACCCAUUAUCCUACCCCACCAAAAUGACCCCAAAAAGGGGGAGCCUGCUCAUCUUCUUCACAUGGAUUCUCAGCGUCCUCCAGAGCACCCCUCCUCUUUACGGAUGGGGCAAAGUUGAAUUUGAUCUCCAAAGCCACUACUGCAAAGUACUCUGGGCUUCAAGUUAUUCCUACACCAUCCUCAGCGCCUUAUUUUCUUUUAUCUUACCAGUGAGCAUUAUGUUGGCGUGCUAUGGGAUGGUGUUCCGAGCAGCCAGGAGGCAAAACGCGUUAGUUCAUCCAGUUCAGGCAAAUGGAUGUGACAGGUCUGAUGGGACAAGAUCUGCUGUGCUAAAUGCACUUGACAAAACAAGUCAUCACAGACCGCUCUACCAUUGCAAAGCAGCCAAGGUUAUCUUUGCUAUCUUGUCCUCCUACAUAAUCAGCAUGGGUCCCUAUAGCAUCCUAAGCAUUGUCUCCUCCUGUGCCAGUACUAUCAUCCCUAAAUGGGUAGCAUCUCUAGUACUUGUUCUCUUCUUCCUACAAUGUUGCAUCCAUCCCUAUAUCUAUGGAUAUAUGCACAAAAGCUUGAAGAAGGAAUUCCUCUUGCUAUUGCAUGGGUUUUUCUGCAAGCAGGUGCACCCUCAAAAUGCCAUAGUAGAUAGUUACAUUAUACUCACGGAUGGUCGAAUACUUCAGUCUCAUUUUUCCACUGGCCCUACAGUAAAAUUCCUAGAAGAAGAAACUACCAUAUCUGUAAUCACCGGUAAAAGCCUAAACAACCUAAAGAUUAAAGACAGCAAAAGAGAGAGCAGUUCUGCCAAUAUAUCCCCUGAAAAACAGUCGAUUCAGCGAAAGAUAGAUCCUGAUCUGCCACAACUUAUUAGCUGCUAAACAAUAGACAGAAUGAUGUUUCUAUACCAUGUAAUGGAUACGUUGGGGGUUUUUUUCUGUAUUUAAAGUGGGUAUAAAAAGUGUUCAAAGUGGAUUUAGAUUGUAAUGAUUCUGUGUGUGAAUUUAACCGGUUUUACUGCUAACAAAAGGAUGCAGUGUGAGGCAUUGUGUUUCCUUUUUUCCCAGUGACAAGGUUAAAUUUAUCACUUUGUGGAGAGAAGAUUUCUCCUGUCAUUGUAGAUGAUAAUUUUGUAAUAAAAGAAGAAAUUGCUUAUUUAA